GUGGUUGUACCUAUUCCUUCCUUUUAUGCUGACACACUAAUGCCCUAUGGUGUCGAAGGAAGCAAGGCAGAAACAAAGCAUUCAAAAGAAAUGGACAUUAUCUAUAAUUACUCACCUUUCAAGACAAAAGAAGAACUGUUUGAACAGUUUUCUAAAAUCAAAGGUGACUCGGGAACGUUGGUAAUCAUCUAUAACUUAAAAUUACAAAACAACGGAGAACCUGAGCUUGAUGUACACACAGAUCCUCUGGAUAUUUUGAUUUUUAGUAGAGAAGGAAGUGAUCUUGGCAUAACUGUAGGCGAAGGCAGAAUUGAGUGGAACUCCUUUCGAGCUUACACUUCCAUUCUCUACUGUAACCCUCGUAUGAAAAUACAAAUACAGGGCAAGAAAGUUCGAACCCGACAGCUUACCCAAGAGCUGUAUAAACCACAUUGUUAUUGGUACACUUCUGCUCAUUUUCGAGCUCGAUCUGUGCAGGAUGCUAAAAAGGCUGCACAAGAGGCUCAUUUUGUUGAAAUGAAACUUAAAGAAGCUGAGAGCAAAGCAAGACAUUUGGAAAAAGAUUAUGAUUGUAAACUUCAGGAAAAAAAUCUAAGAUACAAGCUGAGAAAAGCUCAGAUGGCAGCUGCUGAUAUGGCUGAGGAGUAUAAGUUGAAGAAAUUACAUUCAGACAUUAAGCAAAAAUCACUGAAAGAUAAGAAAGAAUUACUAUUUAUUUUUGGACUAAACCUGAUGAACAGAAAGGAAGAUGGAAUAUAUUUUUACAACUGUGGAAGAUUGGUGAAACAUUGGUGUCUACACGAGAAGAAUGAGAAUUACCGUGGCUUAGUAGGCAUUGUUGACAUUCCUUACACAGUUUUGGAGCCAACACAUAACAAACAGGAUUUUGCUGAUGCAAAGGAGUUUAAAUUCUUGCAGAAGACACUGUUAGAUUAUGUUGAACAAUAUUACAGAGACUGUGAGUUAAAUGAUCAAGAAAUUGAUCAGUUUUGGGAAAGCUUUGGAUACUUUAGCUCGACCUGGUCAGAUCCUCCAAGCAAUGAUUUAAAGUACUUGAAGAUGAGAGCCAUGCAGGUGAACACAUGUCUACAGUGUGAUUCAUGCUUGAAGUGGCGUCGGUUACCUUACUCAUCCAAGAAUGUAGAUGUUGAGAUCAGUGAUGAAUGGACCUGCAGUAUGAACCCAGAUGUCCAACGAAAUAAGUGUAGUGUUGUGGAGGAAAAAUUUCACAUUCCAGAAGGAAAACUAGUCAAAGUUUCCAAGUCUACAUGUGAUCAAAGGGAGUUACUACAAAAAGAGAUGGCCAAGUUAAAGAGAAGGUUGCAGAAAGUGGAUGACAAAAGUCCUUUAGUCACAUCUUCUGGUGAAGGAGGAAAAGUACCAGAGAAAUCUACAACUGGCCGCAUAUUACGUCAGAGAAUAGAUUCUGGACCAGUGUCAUCAAGCAAGUCCUUAUCGUUUGGUAGACAUCGUAGCUCAAGCUGGGAAGAAUCAUCAGAAUCAAACAGUUUAGUUCUAGCAAAGUCAAGGAAAAGACAUUUCAGUACAGAAUCCACUACGUCAGUAGACACAUGUCAUCAGGAUGUGGCUGCCGGUGUUGAAGAAAGUGAAGAGACUGUGGUAGAUCAGUUGACACAAGAAGAAACUGAACCUAAGUCUGCAGUAAAUUUCAGCCAUGCUAGUUCUAAGAAGGCAGUAUUCUUUCAACAAAAGCAGCAACCAGUAAAAUCUACUGUACCAUCCAGUAAAAGUAGUAAGUCCCGUUAUCGAAAGAAAAAACGUCGGCAGCGUGUCAAUAUCAAAGAACCAGUCAUGAAUUUUUCCAGCCCAGAUAAGUCAGAUGAUAAAGAAGAAGAGCAAGAUGUAAUAAACUCUAGUGACGACCAAGAUGAUAUUACAUCUUCAACAAUGACUACACAGAAAAGCAGUAGCAUCUGUACAACACAGUCUGACUUGUCCCUCCUACCUUCAUCAACCUGCUCAGUGGUUCAUUCAGAGUCUGUCCAAGAUAGUCCUUCCAGCACUAGUACAGUUAG